AUGCUUUUCUCAGGACAUAAGGCAGGGAAGACCAGAGGAGUGUUACCAGCAACACAAAAGGCCUGAGCCAGAUCCACAAAUUUAUCCAGUUCUCCUAAGGUGACCUGAACAGGCAGUGCUGCUCUCCAGGAGCAAUGAGCUGGAAGCAAAGUCAGCAGCUGACAGAUGCCAUCUAUUACCUUGACAGAGAAUAACCCCGGAGGGCUGGGAAGAGUCAAGACAAUGUGUGCAACGAUGCUGAAGAUAUUUUCAAUUCUUGCCGUCCUCGCAGGCCACGUCGGCGGCGUUGUGGUGACUGUCCCUGAGAAGACAGUGAAUGUCACUACAGGUGGAAACGCCACCCUCCUCUGCACGUACACGAGUUCUGCACCGCUGGGAAACUUCUUCAUUCAGUGGAGCUUUUACAGUGCCAAAGAGAGCCAGCUGCACACUAUCUAUUAUUAUUCAGGAGGCCAGUCUUACUCCUAUGGAGCAUUUAAGAACAGGAUAACAGCUGCAACAGGUCCAGGGAAUGCAUCAAUAACAAUCUCCAACAUGCAGCCCUCAGACACUGGUUCCUACACCUGUGAAGUUUUCAGCCCUCAGGGCGAUGCUGGACAGAGUCAAAAAUCUGUGAUUGUCAAUGUGCUGGUCAAACCAUCAACACCUUUCUGCAAAGUAGAAGGAACACCUGAAAAAGGGCAUCUGAUCUACCUCCUGUGCAGAUGUGAAGAGGGAUUGCCUCAUCCCACCUACCGCUGGUACAAAGUCGAGGAGAACACCCUCAAGCCUGUGACUGAACAAUUUAAUCCAAACACUGGCAUUCUUUACCUUGGCAAUCUCACCACCUUUGAAACUGGCUAUUACCGGUGCGUAGCCAGCAACGUCCUGGGGAACAGCACCUGUGAGCUUGACCUAACAGCAAAACAUUCAGACAGUGCUAUUGUUGCUGGAGCAUUAAUUGGAGCGAUCCUGGCAGCUGCUAUCAUUUGCAUUAUCGUCUGGGUCUUAACCAAGAAGGCAAAAAAUAGGAAGUCUCCAAAUAAUGAGAUGCAAGAAAUGGCUCAGAAACAAUCCAAUGCAGACUAUGUUCAGGUACCUAAUGAAGAAAACAUUCCUGCGACCACAGUUCCAUCGAGCAAUGCAACAAUGGAAUACCCGAGUGUUGAUGAAACAACAGCCCCUGGAACACCUGAAAACAAUGAGAAGCAAGAAGCAGAAAAAGAAGAAACAGCCUAG